UUUGAUUGACAGCUCGGAAGCCCCGCCCUCCGAGCCGCCUGACGCUGAACCGCUGCAGCCCCGCCCCUUUCUUCUCAUUCUCGGCCCCGCGGAUCUCCAUUUUUUCUUUCCCCGAUAUUGAGGAGCGGAGGAGUGAAGAUUUGGAAAAAUGAAUGAAGACUACGACGUUAUCGUGCUGGGAACCGGACUCACGGUGAGAAAAAACGAAAGUACGGAGCUAACGUUAGUUUGAGAGGAAGGAUUGACAACCUGUUAACCGACGCAGUUAGUAACUGACAGCUCGGCUCGGAGCUAACUGGGCCCGGGCGCUAAGUAGCUAGCUUAGCCGCUCAACUCCUAUCAGUGCCGGGAAAGAUUAAUGAUAACUGUUCACUCUCAUUAGAUAAGUCAAAAAUAUCAACCUUAUCUAAAUCUUCUAUCGACUGUCAGUGUACAGAAACGAGGUAAUAAUCUAGUUUGAAUGUUUUGCGCUCAUUGAAGCAGCUUAAACAAGUCAAGAUAAGAUUAAACCCGGAUGAUUAGUCGGCAAACGUUAGCCGACCUGGAUCGAGCUAACUAGCCUGCUCACAACGACGUGUCAGCGCCAACGAUUAACCUCGGGUGUUGUCUUUAAAUGUAUGCAAGUGUAAUUAUAACAAAUGUGGCGACUUAUCACGAUAAAAGCGUUAAAAACUGUUAAAUUAAGCUGCUCAUUAACCAGCUCCACCACAGCUAUCUGAAGUUUGUAACGUCGCCUGACCGAGCGGUGGACUCAACAGGCUGUGGAGCUAAAAAAGUGGGUUAAUAUGGUCAAAAUAGAUUAAUUUAAGGGGAUUUAUUGGCUAUGUUUGGAAAUAUUCAUUAAAGUUAACACGAUAAAUGUGAAAAUAUAAAGGCAGGGUGAUAUAUUUGGUGUUGAAGAUUGUUAGAAAUAGUGAUCUAGAUGUACAUGUUCAUAUACUAUGGGUGGGAAUAGUAAAUAGCUCUCGCUUCAAUACCCGAUGGAAGACCCACGAUCUCGAUUUCACGAUACAACGAUUCACCGAUACAUAAUGAACUUAAACAUUAUAGUAAAUAAUAGUAAAUUUUAUAUAUACUGUGCUUUACAUCUGAGAAAAUAGAUCUCAAAGUGAAUACAGUGAAAGGCAAUAGUAACAAAAUAAAAAUAAAAAACAUAUAUUUAUAAACAUAUACCUCCUGUGCAAAAGGUAAUGUGACAUCGUAAUAUAUUUCUUUAAUUCAGUAUUUGUUAUGAUAUGUAAAAAUACAAGCAAAAAAAGACAUAUGCUGCGUUCCAGUUACCCCAGAGGUCAGAAGUCCGAGCUGAAAAUGAUGUCACGGCCGUAUUCCCAGUGUCUCAGUUACCAAGUCGGAAAAAAGCUAAAUCGGAGGCUUUAAACAAGAUGGCUACGUCUGUGAUAGUUACUUCAGCGCUUGCCUUAUAUUUGGACAAGGCAAGCACUAAAACAACUUUUGUAGAUGUAGCCAUCUUGUUUCCACCUCCAAUUUUAGCUUUUUUCCGACUUAGUUACAGAUCCUGCGUUCGAGUUACAUCGGAAGUUGGAAUUCCGAGCUGAAAAUGAAGUUACACCCAAGUUACCAGCGUUUCAGUUAUUUCAGUUAUUCAGUUACGGAAAGUUAUUUAAGCGCUUGCUUUGUAUUCAGACAAGGCAAGCGCUAAAUAAAAUAAAUAAACUUAAAAUAACUUUCGUAGAUGUUGCCAUCUUGUUUCAGCCCUCCGAUUUUGCUUUUUUCUGACUUGGUAACAGAAACGCUGGGAACUCGUGUAAACGGCAUUUUCAGCUCUAACAUCUGACUUCCGAGGUAACUCGAACGCACCAACAUUAGUGGGAUUUCUUACAAAGAAUCGAGUUAACGGUCAUCUCUCAUCAUUAGCGACUCAAAAGUCUAUUUACCUCAAACAGAGUGACACCUAUGUCUGAUUUAUCCACAAUAUCUUCACAUCAGGCACUCCACCUGCACAAUAUGAUAAAUGAUGCAUUGUUUGAUAAUUCCGCAGCAUGGGAGGUACAAACAGAAGCAGCUGUUUCACUAUCAGAUUAUCACCUAUUACUCUGAGGUUCACUGACAGCUGGUUAAAGCUUCAUUUGUUGGCAUAUAAUGGUGUAAAAGCGUUGCCAUAGCCCUGAUAAUAUGUAGAAAUCCAUUAAGCAGGGGAAAUUUUCAUGCUGCUCGAGGAAGACAUUGAUUUUUACGCACGAAUAGAAUAUUGCUUUAUUGUGAAAAAUUGAGAAUUUUGCAAUUUGUUCAUUGCAAAUGCUCGUAUUAGAAGAUUGAUAAAUGAACAGUUUAUUGUGCUUCCUUGGUGACAUUUAGGUCGGUCAAAACAAGAAAGUUGGCUGUGAUAUUUUUAAUUAGUGAUCUAUUAAAGGGCUGGGAUUAAAUCAGUAUAUACUUUAUCCUGUGUUGUUAAUGGGAUGUGCAAAUUUAAGUAACAUUGAGUUUCACAAGUGAACUGUCACACUUAAUAAUCCUUUCUCCUUCUUUUUGCCUGUAUGGACAUUUAUGUCUCUUUCACACUUUCAUAACAAAUACUGAAUUAACAAAACAAUCGCCACUUUUGUUGUGUGGCUUAAAUUUUGAUGUUUGAAUCCAUUUGUCGGGAAAAACACACCCCUGGAGUUUUAGUGUUCUGUUUUGACUCCUCUGGAUCAGCAGACCAGACACUGAGUUCAUCUGAAUCUAUCUAUUUUUCUUUAUCAAAGUGAAAAUCAUUUAAGUCUGCUUAAAGACUAGACAAUAACAAUUAGAAAAAGAAGCACAUGAAGUGCAGCUGAAAAUGUGAUCUUGAAAGGAAAAGAGUUUAAGUCUUAGCAGCAGCUGAUUUGUGAGUUUUAUCCAGGUGUGGAUAUCAAACAAGUUCUUGCAGGAAGACUUGAGGCUAAAAGGUGGUCUGUUCUCACUCUACAGCGGUUUAUGUUUCAAGUUGAACUCUUGUCGUAUCAUUUCUGAAAAAUAUAACUUUUCUUGUUGUUCAUCUCUUUUGCUUUGGGAGUUGUUUGAAGCGUAGGUUUAAUGGACUUUUUAGGUUUGUGUAUGGUUAAUUUACCUGUCAGUGAAACGUGCUGCAGCCCUGUAGACAUGAUUAAACCCCCUACAGCAGGCCUCCUCGCAUGUUAACUAAUCGACACGGCAGAAGCACAAGGAGGAAGUGCUGUGCUGACUUUAGGACUUUGUUUCAGGCCAAUGUCAGCAGCAGCAGCGUCCUGUUCACUCCAAGGUCCUACAUUCACAUUCGUUCCCAGACUCUUCUUGACCUAAGAGGUGGAAAUGUUGAUCAUACACAUCGCUCAAACUGUGCUAAAUGACAACAGAGACAGGGUAUGCUGCAGGCUCGGACUCUGACUCUGGUGUGCAGGUCUGGGUUUAGCUCACAUUUGGGUGUGGUUCCACUGAGGCUGAGGAACUGAAAGUAGCCUCCACUCACUCUAAGUACUGUGUAUGCAGUUAAAAAAGAGAGAGCUUCACUGGCUGCCAGCUAGCCUGAAAUGCCCUGCAGAUCACAGCACAGUGUAGUUUCACAUGGUUUUACUUCUCUUAUGCUCAACAGUGACUCUGCUUCUGUGCACUAGACUGCUUCCCUUUUUAUUACUACACACACACACACACCACCAGAUCUAAUUACUACCAACUCAGCAGGCUACAUGGGAUAUCCCUGUUUCUGUUGUAGGAGGAUUACUCUGUUUACUCCUACGAUAAAUACAGAACACACAAGUUUUGAUUCUAAAAACACUUUGUAGGGUUUAUAUCUCUAAAAUCUUUAAUUCCUUCAUUUUUGUCCCUCAUUUUCAGCAGAUUUAAAUCUUCCAUCCUCAUCACCAUUACUGUGUCAGCUCUGCUUUUCUACAGAAUCCUCAUUUAUUUUUGUUUUCAUGCCCUUAGAAAGCCAUUUUUCACAGGACUGUGUAACCUUCUUUCUGUGGGCUGUGCUUACAAAUCUUGUUGUCCAGAUCCAGAAAAGUAUACAACACAAUAUUGUCACAUCACGUGUAUUUCCACAGUCAUUUUAGAGAAAUUAACAAGUCAAUUAAAAUCGAAAAAACAAACAGAAAACAGCCACAAUCAUUGCUUUGAAUUUUAAAGUACAUCACAAGUUCAGUGUUAUCUAAUUGUUUCCCUACGGCGUGCACCUCUACCUUGUGACUUGCUUUUGUAAAGCUCUAAGCAGAUGUUGUGAUUGGUUUAUUAGUCAUAUUGAAUGUCCAACAGCAGUGGUAUUUUAAUGACAGUAAAAAAAGUCAAAUUAGUUCUCCCUCUUACUGUACACAAAGGGAGCAGAUGAUUAGUUUGGGUCUUUGUUUCCCCCGUUAGCAUUUUGGAUUUAAGUUGCAGAGGGGGAUGGGUUCCCCAUCUGUCCUCUCCUUAUGACACAUGAGGGAGUGGCUCGGCUCGUAUUAAACUGUAUUAAAUUGCCUAAAUGCAGUGUACUUGAUGAUUUUAGGGAUCACACUUGAGAUCCUUAGUAAGUAAGCUGUGGCCUGAAAAUGAGACAAGUGAGCCAGGAGGCAUCUUAGUGGUUUGGAAGACUUAAUGUCCUUCACCACCGUAGCAAUGAGCAUGACCACUUCUGGUCGCAGUUGCACAAAUUGUAAAUUGUAAUCCUCCAAAUAAUAAAUUGAAGCUACACAGAUUAGUAAUCAAAAAUCAGACCAAAAAACAAACUGCUCUCUUUUUAAAUGUGACUUCUAAAUGAGUUCCUUGUCAUUUGGGAUGUUUAAUGAGGACUUUUUAAUUUUGUGUCUCUUUGGCUCUGUGGCAUACUUUUUUUCAGGGUUUAUUGGUUUAUAAAUCUCUGAAUUUUGGAUGUUGUUCAGACCAAAUGAGUAGAGAAAAUAAAUGAUAGAAGAAUCAAGUGAAUUAGUGCUAAUUUGCUCGUAGCAGCGGCUCAUUUUUUCAGUCAGACAAACACGGUUGUUGCUAUCUUUGAACCGAUCAAAAGGAGGAAACUGAGUUAUAUCACCACCAGUAAAGACGACUAUUGUCUUCAUUUCCUUUCCUUUUACAGCGAAGGAAGUUCAGCGUGGGUCGAGGCCUCAGAUAUUAGAGAUUGAGUGAGAAUCAAACAACAAGAAAAAGUCUGAGAAACAUAAAUAUGUUCAUUAGUUUGGAUUCAGAUCGACCAACAGCUGAUGAAGUUUGUAGUAGUGAAAAUUCUGAGUUCCUCUGAAGGCAGCGCAUUCCUGAGUAAUUUUAUAAGCCCAUCACAUGUUUUGCAUGUUGAACUUUAAUCUGCUGUGUAACAACGAGAGGAAUGCAGUGAAGUGCAGCGCGGUUAGGUCGACUUUUGUUGUAUACUGUAGAGAACAACUUUAGGACAGAGGGAGAGAUCUAACUCGGUUAUGGUUUCAGCAGAAACAAACGUUUAUCAUCAGGCAUGUUUUGUUUGUGAAAAACAUCUUUGGGAUUGUAUAAGAAAAAGGAAAAAAUCAGAAAAAAAUAAGAUGUAGAAGUCGUAUUGGGAAUGAACGAAAUCUUCUAUCACGGUAUGAGUACUAGGGUCCGACUGAUAUGGACUUUUUGGGGCUGAUGUCGAUUACUCCAUUUUUUAUGACGUUAUAAAAAAAAACAUAUAUACUGUAGAUAUCUACAGUAUCUGUAGAUACUGAUCGGUCCCUCCGCGUCUUAACUCAGGUUCCUCAUUUCCGCACACACAUGGUGCUUCACCGUUACAAACUCCUCACGACACGCUGGUGAAUAUACGGAAACGCGCCCAAACGCUCCGGCUUUCCUGUUAGCGAGCGUAGACAACUACACACUGACUGAGAGGGAUGCAGCAGACAUCUGCUCUCUCUCUCUUUCCGGUCUUCUACUGGUAGAUACUUUUAUACCGCCAACACUAUAUGCUGAAGUGUUCCUGACUGUUUCUGAAGGACUUUGGUUUACUGGAGCUCAGACGUCUCAUAUACUUAACUUGGGAUGUAGUUCACUAAAUGAUUCCUCGUCUGCACCAGAAUUGUUGGUCGAUUAAACGAAUAAUCAAGCAUGAGCAGUUUUGAUUACCGCAGGCCAAAACAUCACAACUUCAUGUGGUUGGAAGUGGGGAUGGUGGUGAAUACUCGUGUAAUCGAUUUUGAGCUCUGUUCCAUAUAAAAACAAAGUUCCUCAACAGUCAGGAAAUCGUGGGAUGAAAAGGUUUAAAGCGGUUCAACUUUGGUUAAAGUGUCCUUUACAGUCAAACAAAUUACACUUGUGCAGUGUUUUCACUUUGGUGCGACGGUAAUUAAACAGCAAAUCCACCCAAAUUGGCAUAUUGUAAGUCAGGAAAGUGCUGUAAAUUGAGUAAGAGUCAGAAUAACUCAACAGAGCCAAUCAUUCUAGAUUACUCAUCCAUAACAGCCUCUAAUCGAUUUCAUGAUGGGUUUUUUAUUUUAUUUCUCUGCUGUUUACUGUGUUACUCCUCAUCUCUGAGAAAACGUUCACAGCAGCUAUUUUUAUGUAACUUUUCCACUCUGUUGAUCCCAUGAGCCAAGGAGAUUAAAGUCCAACAGAUUCUUGUGACUUUAAACAGCCGCAGGUGUGUUGAAAAAAGUUCAGUCUAGUAAAAUCAAAGCUCACACUGUGGGGAUGCUCUGUCAUGUGAUUGCUUCUGUCUGAACCACCCCGCUCUGGACUUUGUUUCCACGCUCUGAAUUUCACGGAUAUUCUGUUUUUAAAAUUGAUAGGAGACGGUUCUUCUGUUUGAAACCGGCGUCAUUUUCAGGCUGACUGAACGCCGCAUUAGUGAGUUUUCCUCUCUGUCAGCAUGGCGGCAGCGACUCUCUGGCAGAGGUAGUGAUGACUCGGCUGCCUCCGGCUCUGCGUUAAAGCCUGUGUUCAGUCCGGCUUCGGUCACAUGUCGGCCUCAUCGAGGACGGUGACACAUCAGAAUGACUCUGUAACCCAAAUGUAUGUCCUCUCUGCUCAUGGCGUGACCAUACAGUCAGUGACACCCAGACAUCCACAGACAGACAUGAUCAGAUUUCACUGCAGCAUGUUAUUUUGGGAGCGCAUCUACACAGGAGUUGGUUUUCGAUACUGCAGGAUAUAGACAAGUAGGUAACAUAUGUCACUGAGGUUUUAUAAAAGGCUGAUUACAGACGUAGAUAAACUGAGAUCGUCAAGUAAACUCCUCUACUCAUGUUUCUUUCCAACCCAAAUUCCACCAGGUGAUUUCACUGUUUACCUUACCUCCGAGCGGAGAGCAGGGACUAAUCAGUGAAAUCACCUGGUGGAGUUUUGGGUUAGAAAGAAAACCUGCAGCCUCUCAGCCCGUCAUGGCACAUGAUUGCCCACCCCUGCGUUUGUGGCUCCUGGCUGUCCACCAGUCCAAUAGUUGAACUCAGUAGCAUUGGUAGUUGUGUCGUACGGCGGUCAAGAACUCCUUUUUUUUUUUUUUUUUUGCAUCGCCACUUUUUUUUUGCGUCAUAAACUUCUGUUGUGGCUUUUUUUUUUAAAUCUGCACCGCUUCUUUUUUUAUUUGCAGCAAGCUUUGGUUCCAUUUUUUUUUUUUUUUUUUUUUUUGCAUUGGUAACUUGUGUUGUGGUCAACAGUUCUGGUCACAUGUUUUAUUUCUAUAAUUGUUAGUAUUAUGAGCUGAAGCAGACAGAUGUUGCUAAAUGUGGUGCCGUUACCUCGGUCUGCCUCAUCGUGUCCAUCAUGGCUUCUGGUUCCUCUAGUGACGCCUGAAACACAACAGAAUAUUUCCCUCUAGAUGUAUCACUGGUCACAACAUUGUUUAGGACUCGGCCCAUAGUUUGAAUAACAAAAAAAGUAGGGAUGCACGAUAUUUAUCGGACCGAUAAAAUAUCGGCCGAUUUGGGGGGAAAUUACGUCAUUUUUUAUCGGUCCGAUAGGUGCAUUUUUCCGAUAGAAAGAUCCGAUAUAUUAAUGAAAUUACGAGUAACGUUUGCAGGCGGAGUAGCCGCCCGUCCGAGACGCGCUGGUCACGUCGUCUAUCAAGCCUUACUCGCAGGUCCCAAGCCUGACCCCGUCACUGCCUGACAGAUAAUAAAAUGUCUUCACCAGCAUGGUCGUUUCUCUCAGUGGCAGAAGAUGACAACAGCAUUGCUAUAUGCAAAACCUGUUCAGCGAGGAUUCCAAGAGGAGGAAAGAAGACGUCAAGUUUUAACACAACGAAUCUGAUAGCUCAUCUGAAAAGUCGCCAUCGCGGCGGAGCAGUAUUAAAGGACUAUGAGACGGCCGCCGAAGCUGCUAGCGGUGCUAAAGCUAAGACAACAACACUACGGAGGAUCGAUGUCCCCAUUCAGCAGGCGUUUAAAAACUGCAAAAGCUUCUCAAGAGACAGCGAAAAGGCUAAAGCCAUUAACGACAAAGUGAUGGAGUUCAUAGCGGUCGACGAACAGCCUUUUUCCGUCGUUGAGAACCCGGGUUUUCUUAAGUUAAUAGCACACUUUGAGCCACGUUACACUCUCCCAAGCCGCCGCUUCUUCUCGGAUGUGUCUCUUCCUGCACUCUAUGAUAUUGUCGCCACAUACAUUCACAACCUGAUCGACAAGAACGGACUACACGUGAGUUUUACCACAGACAUAUGGACGUCAGAUGUUAGUCCGGUCAGCAUGCUAAGCCUAACGGCUCAUAAUGGCUCCUUUACAGUUUACAGUUCUGUUGAACAGUUCAGGGGAUCAAAUGAAGUUCUGCUUUUUGCUCUGUUAUUGUUAUUUAUAGCAAAUGACCACAUUUGAAGAGCCAAAAACUUUUGUUUGUUGUUCUAGAUAGGCCAGAGCAACAAAAAUAUCAGUUUUCAAUCGCUGCAUCCUGCACAAACUGCAGAUUAUAUGAAGAUUAUAAUAAAUGUAAAAAUAUGAAUUUAUCGGUUAUCGGUAUCGGUGUCGGCCAUGAGAAGAAGAAAAUUAUCGGUUAUCUGUAUCGGUUGAAAUUUUUCAUAUCGUGCAUCACUAAAAAAAAGGGAUUCAAAGUGUGUCAAAACUUUACAGUAGGGCUGGGUGAUAAACCAAAAAAAUUUACCAAUACUGAAACUGACCUCAAUAACCGACGUCAUUUUGCCCAUGUCGGUAUAUUUGGUGUCAAAAAACAAAUCAAAGUUGUUUUUGGAUGUGUGUAGGUAGGCUAUGGUCUCGUGUCCCUUUAAGACGCUGUCCUACGUCAGAGACGUGACUCCACCCCAUCCAGUCCGUAACAAAGACAGAAAGACAGGUGAGGAGAUGGAGGACGGUUCAUGUUAAUGUGGGAGUAGUUAUCGUCCAUUUAUCGUUAUCGAGGUGAACUGAUCGAUCUAUCGUGAUGUUGAUUUGAGGCCACAUCGCCCAGCCCUACUUUACAGUUAAUAUUUCUGUGAAUUGUCAGUUAAAGACUUUCUGUUUGUUGAAGUGUUUAGCCUGAUGCAGAGUGUGUGUGCACAGUAAAUGAAAACCGUAAAAGGCUUCAGUGUGACUGAUUCUCCUCAGAGGGGUGAAGAGACGUGUCGUCCUGCGUCAUCCAUUCAUGUCUCAUGUUUGUAGGAAAUGCAGAAACACAGUAAAGCCCUUGUGAAACAUACAACUGUGUUAAAAGAGGAGAUGUAGAUGAGAUGAAAUCAUCAUCAUACAUGUGUGUGUCUGUGUGUGUGUGUGUGGAUAAAGAGAUCAUGAGGGGUUGUUUUUGUCAACGAUGCGAAAGAGGUCGUACUUUUCUGAGGAAGCGCUCCCCACUGACAAACUGAGCAACCUGAGGUUUCUGUGGUCGAAGAAUUUCCUCUUGAGGAGUGUGACAGCUUACUUUUUUGGUUUGUAGCUCCAGCCUGUUCGCUCUGUUGUUUCUGUGACUUUGCAUUUUGCACUCGACGUGUGUAAAACAUCUUUUAUUCGACCCCACAAGCUGUAAAUGUAAGCAGACUUCUGUAGCCUGUCAGAAAUGUUUUGUCCUUUAUCUCAUCUGUGAUAUUUACUGGAGUAUGAAGAGUCAUGUUCAUUUAUUUGAGAUGUAUUUGAGCACGCAGGCUGUGUAUAGAGGCAGCGUAGGCGACACUAACAGUGAAAGCUGUUGUCGACUGUCACGUGAGGAACGAGUUAAACCAUAAAGCUCGGCAGUGUGCGCUGUCAUUCUGUAGUAAAACUAGUUUGAGAGUCCACACAGGGUCACAUGACUCACUAUGUGUUUUCUCCCCUCUACAAACUUGCCGCUGUAAUCGUAUUAAAGCCUCUCUGACGCUCUCUAACCUGCACACUUUCCAUCUGAAUGACUGACUCCUCCGAGACUGGGAGUCCUGUGAGAAUUAAUAGUAAUCUUUCAUGUCUGAUCAUACAAACGGACGACAUUUUGAUUAUAGUCUUGUCUCUUUAGUGUUAUUUCUUGGAUUGAUACCAAGGUUAAAAUUAAAGUGGCUGUAAUGACUGAAGCAAAAGUGGGAUAUAUAGUCAGUAUGACCUUUAAAUAACCAGAUAGUGAAAAAACAGUGACGAUGCUGUGGUGCUCUGUGAUUUAAAAAUGGAGGAAGAUCAGGUGUGACAAUCAGAGGAUCUACCAGAGCGACAAAUUCAGGAGAAAAUAGGUUUUUAAACCUUGACAGACAUUCUCCAUCCCGCCAUAAUCCAGCUUUGCACCAUUAUUCCAAACUAGCUGGAUUAAUCUGCGCCUUUACGUUGCCCCUGCAAUUAUUUAAUUUGUAAGCAAGUAUGAAACGCUGGAUUAUUGUUCACCCUGCAAGAUUAUACAACAGAUUUCUUUGUGUUUUCUAAGUCUCCUCAUGUUGAUGUUGGUCUGAUUUUUCUCUCCUUUGCUCCAUCAGGAAUGCAUCUUAUCAGGCAUCAUGUCGGUGAAGGGGAAGAAGGUUCUGCACAUGGACCGCAACUCCUACUACGGAGGUGAAAGCGCCUCCAUCACACCUCUGGAGGAUGUGGGUUGAUCUCUGAUCCUGUUGGUUUUAGUCUUGAGUUUUAGUCUUAAAUCUAGAAACAGAAGAAUAGACUAACGAGUCGUUUGUUGUGUCUCUUUCUGCUUCUCUGUCUCCCUUUAGCUCUACAAGCGCUUCGGUAUCCCUGGCACACCUCCGGAGUCGAUGGGAAAAGGUCGCGAUUGGAACGUGGACCUUGUCCCCAAGUUCCUGAUGGCCAAUGGUACAUUUAGAUCUCUUACCCAUACACUACAUGCUGUGGUAUGUUUGUCUUUGCAGCUCACGCUAAGGGUUUAUUGAACACAGACAGAUAAAUAGAAGAUGAGUGUUUACAGAGCUCUCUUCAUUUCACCUCCUUUUCCAUAAAGUGGAGCGUCAGGAGCGGUUUUAAUGCUGAUUCCUCGGAUGAACAUGAGCUGUCGCGGUCCCUUCUCAGCUGUGUCGCAAUUACGGCUGUUGCAGUGACCAGAACAAUGAAAUACUUGAGAGAGACGCUGUCACACCGUGUCUAGAUGAGGAGAUGGUGACAUUUUCCACGGGGGAGAAACCGACUUUCAGUCUGCGUGUUAGAAAUCUGACAAACAGAACGAGUUUAACAGAAAAAAAAAAACUCAUGGAAGUUUAAGUUAAUCUCGUUGUAGCAUCCCCGGUUGAUUUGUGGUCUGACUCUCCGACUGAUGUUUCACAAAGUUUAUUUUUUUAAAUGGUUCCAUGAACAGUGUGAACACACCGUAAGAGCUAGAGAAAACACUAAGAACAACAUUAAAACUAAAAAUAAUUUUACCCGUUUAAAUAUUAUUAUUUAUAAACCGUCAAGAAUAAUGAAAUCAACUUUCUUGUUUUUAGCAAAAUGACAAUCUAAAAUCAGAGUGCUUAAACUAGUUUGGAUCAACUUAAACUAACAUGAAUUCACCUGUUUGUAAACCAAAUAUCAUCUAAUACAUUUUUAGGCAUCAUUUCAAUGCAGCAAUAGAACUUUAUGAUGAAUAAAAUACAUGUGGAUUUAAAAUUUGCAUCAAGCGACAUUAUAGGAACUAAAUGAAUAAUGACUGUGUUAACCGUAACCAUCAUUGUAACUGUAGCAUCUUUGCCAAUGCUCGGCAACGCAAAACUCAACCGAACUUCAUAAAAACGUUAUAAAGGCACUUCAUAUUAAUUUGUGUGAGAAAAGAGGCAUAUACGAACCUUGUGCAUCUAUCAAACAGGUACUCUAAACAACUUAAAGAGAUCAUUAUUGGCGAUCAUGACCCUGACUUUACAUAUCGAUUUACUGUUCGUUGAUUACUAACUUCCGGUGAAAUAAGGGCAUCAGUCUCUGUUAUAUAUGUAGACACAUAAUAUGGGUCAUUUACACCCGCUCUCUUCAUGCUGCCACGGGGAAGUUCUUCACAAUCCAAGUCCAGUAAAAGAUGAAAUCAGACACAUUAUAUAGACCUCAAAGAUCCACGGUUGAAACCUUGAAUCUCGCUGAAGUUGUCUGCACUCUGAGGGAGUUUGGACCCUCUUUGCUGCAUGAUGGGAGUUCAGGCUCUUUUUGUCCUGCUGGGAACGACCUUCUCGGUUUUAAAGGCUCUGUAAUAUUGACACAUGUUUAAACCCAUUUUAGUGACACCCCUUUUUUUUUUCUUUCUUUCAGGUCAGCUGGUCAGCAUGCUGUUGAUCACACAGGUGACCCGCUACCUUGAUUUCAAAGUGGUGGAGGGCAGCUAUGUGUACAAAGCAGGCAAAAUCCACAAAGUCCCAUCCACUGAGACUGAAGCGCUGUCAUCAAGUGAGUGGAAUAACUGAAGAAGACUGUGAAAGACUCAAAGUUCUGCUGUCUGUAUGAACCCUCAUGUUGCUGCUGACCCAGGUUCACUCUUAGUCUUUUAUCUUUUGAAGGUCUGAUGGGGAUUUUUGAGAAACGCCGCUUCAAAAAUUUACUCGUCUGGGCCGCCAACUAUGACGUAAACAACCCCAAAACCUGGGAUGGCAUGGACCCCAAAUCCCCCAUGUCAGACGUUUACAAAAAGUUCAGCCUGCAGCAGGACGUCAUCGACUUCACUGGCCACUCCCUCGCACUCUACCGCACAGACGAGUCCGUUUUUUUCCCAUAAAUAUGAUUCCAUUCAAACUUUAACUGCAGAUAUUUGUAUUUGAUAGAGGUUUUUUAAUCGUCUUCAUCUCUCUGCCCUCAGUUACCUGAGUAAACCGUGCAUCGAAACGAUAAACAGGAUAAAGCUCUACAGCGAGUCUCUGGCCAGAUAUGGCAAAAGCCCCUACCUCUACCCGCUCUACGGUCUGGGGGAGCUGCCGCAAGGGUUUGCCAGGUAAGGGUCUCGGCUCAAAACCCACAUCUGUAAAAAUCUGAACCUGUCUCCUUUCUUAUAUGUCUGCGUCAGUGUCGUGAGACUCUGUUACUGACCCUGAAGAGAGGAGAGAAGCUCGGAUGUGACCAUGACUGAGAAAUCAGGAGAAAGAGGAUUUCUUCUUCAAUUUGAUUUUGAUUUUAUUCACCCUCUGGAGUCUGGGGUAUAAUUAACUACUUUUGAUUUUACCUUUAUAUUUCCCCUUAAAAACAGUUUGCCUCGCCUUGCUUAGGCAUGGCCACAACCUCCCCCGUGUGAAUUUACAGUUAUUUUAUCAUUUUGACCUACUGUAUCAGCACAGAGGACCUGAAUUCACACACAAAACACAAAAUCCGAGUGGGAAAAAAGUCACAUUUUUCUCUGUAAAAACCACAAAUAUGUUUAACAAACUGUUUUCAUAACUUAGACUGUAAAUAUAAAUUGUAAACUUCAAAACAUAUACACGAUUUUAGCAAAUAACACAGUAAUUUACCACUAUUUACACUAAAAUGCAGGUAAUACCUCAGGCGUUUUUUGUGCAACUAUUUGCCAAACAAUGUGGCGUCUCACAAAUGGCACAUCACAGGCCUCUUUGUGUGUUUCCAUUCCAGACUGAGCGCGAUCUACGGUGGGACGUAUAUGUUGAACAAGCCCAUAGAGGAGAUUGUGAUGGAGAACGGGAAGGUGGUUGGAGUCAAGUCUGAGGGGGAGGUGAGCCAAUAAGAGCGCUUGGAUGAACAUCUGCAUCGACACGUGUUUGGCCAAAAGAUGAACUCGCCUUUUUAGUUAAAGUACUCCAAAUAACGAGACCCCGUUGGAUUAAGAAGCUUGUUUGAGGUGGAAACUAUGAAACUUUCCCAGCGACUAAACUAGUAUUUUCCCUCCACAGAUCGCCAGGUGCAAGCAGCUGAUCUGCGACCCCAGCUAUGCCUUGGGUUCCACCAGUAAAGUGGGUCAGGUGAUCAGAGCCAUCUGCAUUUUGAGUCACCCCAUCAACGGAACCAGCAAUGUCAAUUCUUGUCAGAUCAUCUUCCCCCAGAACCAGGUCAACAGGAAGCACGGUGAGCGAGUAAAGAGGAAACGGUCCAGACUUUUGAGGCUGUUAGUAAAGGUAGUUGAUGUCAACAGUGAGCUGAACAGAAUACAAGCCUUGUACACCGGAGUGAGAUCCUGACUUAGUAGGACUCAGAUUUAACCCCUAAUUUCCACCGCAUCCAGAACGGCUACGAAAAGGCCGUAUGCGCCAAUCAUAGCUGAUCGUAACCAUUCAAGUCAACGUGUCAAUUUCCACCGGCUUCUUUGGCAUCUUUCAGUUCCGCUGUGGAUUGCCAGACUCCGCAGCCGAUCGCAAGAGUUCUUUUUUUUUUCCAGACGCCAGAGCAUGGCGGAUAAAUUCAGCACAGAUUAACCCGUGCUGGAAAGGAAGUCGGGCACAGAUACAAAAUAAAACAUCUGACUCCUUUUCACACCAUGCAAACGGGCGGAGAUGAACAAGUGAAAGGUUUUUAGACGUCAUUUCACCCCGAUGACACCAUGGAUGAGGAGAUGCUGAUUCUAGAAGUCUAGAAGUAGAUUUCCUCCUCUGGAAGGACACAAUCUACUGCUGAUAUGGUUAGUCUCUGUGGCUAAAGACAACUUGUUAUCGCGAGAUUGCGCGUGAAUCUGUGGGUUCUUGUGAGUUCUCGCGAUACCUGCUGUUCGUUACUGCCACAAAAAUCGCAGCCGUUCAGCAUGAGAGCCAUUCUGGAUUCGGUGAAAAUUGGGGGUUAGAAAUACGCGGGUGUACGGACAAUCAGCCUAAAUAUUAGGGCCUGACUGAUAUGGAUUUUUGGGGCCGAUACUGAUUAUUUGGGGGGAGUUGUAAAAUAUAUAUACUGUAGAUAUACUGUAGUCUACUGCUCUCCACGCCGACAGGAAGACCGACUGAUCAAACUCGGACCAGAAAAGUGGUUUUAACAACAAUGGUGGAACAUUUUCGAAGUGAAACCGAAUCUUACUCUCCACAUUUUAUUUCUGAAAACAUCGAGUUUUGGCCGAUUACCAAUCAGUCUCAAACAGGCUAAAAUUAGCCGAUUUAAUCGGCUCACCAAUAAAUUGGUCGGGCCCUACUAAAUAUGCAUAGAUUAUUUUGAUCACACUCAGAGCAUUCUGAGAAAUGAGGCUCAAGCUGAAGCGCUCUAAACUUCAGUUCCUCAAACGUCCCCUUUAAGAUGGCUGCUAAUGUUCCUGAAGUCACGUACACACCUGUUCAUCUUUACAGCCGAAUUCAGACACUCAUCUCAUUUUUUAAUUCAUAUUUUUCUAUAUUUUUUUCUGUUUGCAGACAUCUACGUUUGUAUGAUCUCCUUUGCUCACAACGUGGCGGCACAGGGUAAAUACAUCGCCAUCGCCAGCACCACAGUGGAGACAGGCGACCCCGAAAAAGAGCUCAAGCCAGCCCUGGAUAUGCUGGCGCCCAUUGACCAGAAGUUUGUCAGCAUCAGUGAUAUAUAUGAACCCACUGACAUGGGCACUGAGAGCCAGGUGAGUUAAAAUAAAGAGACCAUACUGUCAGUUUUUGUCUCAAAGAGAACAAAUCAGAGGUGCAAACAUGAGCCGAAGUUUUUGACUCGUAUUUUCUUCUCAAGAUUUUCAUCUCCCGCUCUUACGAUGCCACGACUCACUUUGAGACCACCUGCGACGACAUCAAGGACAUCUACAAGAGGAUGACGGGCUUGGACUUUGACUUUUCUGAGAUGGAGCGCAACAAGAACGACAUCUUCGGCGACGCCGCGGAGUAGAGGCGACGCUCCUGGUUAUCAGCCAUGCCAGCAACUGAAAUCUUACAAAAAAAUAGAAAACCUACAUAAAAAUGUACACACCGGUGGGCCGGCUGGAGUAUACGGUCGGCCCAUUGAGGAAGUUCAUGAUAUAUAUAGAGAUAUGAUAUAGUAUUGUUGGAUAGGGUUCAGGGAGGGAGCUCUGCUUUACAAGUCAAAUUCAGAUGAUCAUUGCACUAAAAACUGGCCAUGCCGAAUUAACAGUAAUCCCCUUCAUUCUUCUGCUCUAUCAUGCUAAAUGAUGCAUGCUCCAAAGAUGCCAAAUCAAACGAUAUUUCAUGAUCAGUAGUAUUUACAGUUAUUGAGUGUAUUUUUCAGGGGUUUGUCGAUUUUCCUGUCUUUCUAUUGAAGGUUUUUUUCAUGUCAGGGUGGGAAGAAGUGGCUCGACUUUGUGUGUGGCUAAAAUCAUGUUUGUCUAAAUGUCGUGACAAGGCCAUAUUUGGGCCAAGCAUCUGCACCCUCGCUGUACCUUUACGCCGUUUCUGUGAGAUCCCAUCAGUCAAAGGGUGUGAGGGCGCGGGGUUUUGUCUUUUAACCCUUUUUUUGGCUGAUUUCUACACACACACUGCAGAAGCUAAGCCACAGGCGGCACUUGUAGCCCUGCAUAAAAACCUCCUGAACCUGUUUUCAACAGCUUUGAGUUACUCUAACGCAGCAGAGGAGAUAUAUUAGUUCCUGUAUUAUGCAAAUUGAUGGAUGGGCUGUGCAUUAACAACAGGUUAAUGGAAAGUGUGAUUGACUGUAAUUGCUUAAGAAGGACCAAAUGUGUACUGCAGCAGUGUUGAAUUGAUGAGAGCUCCGUGAUAUUCGUUGUUUUAAACAAUUAAAAAAAAACAAAAAAACAUCUUGGGCUCAAAUGAUUUCUGUACUGCCAAGUAAAAAUCAACUUUGUCAAAAACCAAAA